AUGUCACUAACAGUCCCCCUAGGCGCGGGCAUCGGUGGCCUCGCCCUGGCCAUGGCGCUGCACAAGAAAUGUGUUCCCUUCACCCUCUACGAGGACGCCAAGGAGUUUUCAGCUGUAGGUGCUGGUAUCGGCUUUGCGCCAAAUGGCAUGCGAGCCAUGGAUCUGAUUGAGCCUGGAUUCCGUCCCUUGUAUGAGAAGAUUUGCGUAGGGAACAAGGGUGCUGACAAACAAGACAUCUUUUUUGAGGGCAUGCUUCUUAGUGAGGGGUCGGGUAUGGAUAUUUCCUGUGCUACGUCACUUCUCGAUGUGUCCAUUGCUAACGUGCUAUUGCAGGCAAAGAGCAAGCGUGGUAUGGCAAGUCGGCUUGGGGCCAUCCUGAUUUCGAGCGCAAGUCUGUAUGUGCUACAACCCAUCGCCAUUAACACGAGUAUUGCUAAUCGGCACCAGGCGCAUCGCAAGACACUGCUUGACAUCAUGACCAGCUUCAUUCCACGACAAAAUGUCAAGUUUAACAAGCGCCUCGUCAACAUUGAACAGCUGCCAUCCAAGCUUGUCCUUACCUUUGCCGAUGGAGAAGUCGCAGAAGCGAGCAUUCUUGCUGGCGCUGACGGCAUCAAGAGCACAGUCCGCGAGCAUGUCCUGAAGCCGCAAUUUCCGGACCAAGUAGCGCCAGUCUACGCUGAUGCGUAUUGCUACCGUGCUGUCAUUCCAAUGGCUGAUGCCGAAGCUGUUCUGGGCGAUCUGACCGACGUAGCCAAAUUCUACUUUGGCCACAAGCGCUGCGCAGUAACUUACCGUAUAUCAGAGGGAAAGGAGUUCAACUACCUUUUGUGUGUCACAGAUGAGCAAGGCUGGGACCUGGACAACGCUGUUACAGAGAAGGUCUCACAUGAAGCCAUGAUGGCCGAUUUCGAGGGCCCAGGCGUCGAUGACCGCUUCCGCCAACUUUUGGCCAAGGCAAGCCCAAUCCGAUGGGGCUUCUUCCACCACUUGAGGACCUCGACAUAUUACAGAGGCCGUGUGGCUCUUCUAGGUGAUAGCGCACAUGCGUCGCUACCAUUUCAGGCAGCGGGCGCUGCUCAAGGCGUCGAGGACGCUCUGGUCCUUUCGAAUAUAUUAUCAGAGCUUGUCAAAUCAUCGAAACAAGAAGCAGAUAGCGACGCAAAUAUCGUUGCUGGUCUCAGCGCGUACGACUCGGUACGAAGGCCACGCGCCCAGAAGCAGCUGGAGCAGGCAGCUGAGGUUGCCCGUAUGCUAUUCUUCCAACACGAAGAAGUAGGGGACGACAUGAGCAAAAUCUUGCCUCGCCUUCAGCAAGGUCGGUUUGAUUGGCUUUGGUUUCACGACGUGCAGGGUGACGUAGACGAAGCCUUGUCGAGAAUGCCAAAGCGGGAGUAG